UGUUACUUUUUCCAUUUUUAUUUAGCCCGAGAGCGAAUAAUGCCGCUAUGCCUCCCGCCACUAUAAACAAAAACCCAAACACACUUCUCUCUUGCAAACAUGUCUUGGCGCCUCCUCUUCUCCAAAAUCACCGGCGCCAAAACCCUAACUCUCUUUCAAAACCGUUACCCUAAUUUACCCUUUAUUUCUCCGUUCUCCACCUCCUUCCUUGUCACCAAAACCCCUAAAAAACACAAAAAGAAACGGAAAAAGCUCGAUUCCCCACGAAUCCAACCCGUUCAGCACCCAUCAACCCGAAACCCACAUUUCGAAACCUUAGUCGAGCGUGAUUCCUACUUUAGAUUCCUUACUAAAUCCAAACAAUUCCUCUCCCAACAACACGAGCAUGUUCUCCGCCUCGACGAUGCCGGCAAGCUUUAUCGUGAACUUGGAUUCUCUCGAGGCCGUAAAGUCACGCGCUUUAUCGAGCGCCACCCUCUCUUUUUUCAAAUUUACCGGCACACCGAUAAUAAAAUGUGGUUAGGAUUUACAGAUUUCAUGGAGGAAUUGCUUGAAGAAGAGAAAUUGAUUUUUGAUUCAAUGGAGAAGGAUAGGGUUAACAAGGUACUUAAAUUGUUAAUGAUGUCCAAAAACAAGAAAAUUCCUUUAAGUAAGAUUCAUCAUUGUAGGUUAUUAUUUGGGAUUCCUGAUGAUUUUAGAGAUAGGGUUGUUAAAUAUCCUGAUUGGAUUAGAACUGUUGUCGAGGAUGAUGGGAAAAGAGUGUUGGAAUUAGUGAACUGGGAUUCGAAUUUGGCGAUUAGUGAAUUGGAGAGAGAGUUCAUGGUUAACGAGGAUAAGGUUAAAAGGGCGUUUAAGUUUCCGGUGAAGCAUUCCAAGGAUUUGGAUUUGGAUGAGGAGGAUGUAAGGAAGUUGAAUUUAUUGAAUUCGUUACCAUUGGUUUCGCCUUAUAGUGAUGGUGAAACACUGAAUCUUUGGAGUUUGGAGGCUGAGAAAUAUAGGGUAGGGAUUAUACACGAGUUUUUAAGCUUGACUUUGGAGAAAAGAGCAUCUAUACAUCAUAUUGUGGAGUUUAAGGAGGAGUUUUCAUUGACUAGGCAUACGUAUGAUAUGCUAAAGAAGCAGCCUCGCACAUUUUAUCUUGCUGGGACAGAGAUGAAUUGGGUUGUGUUUUUGAAAGAUGCGUAUGAUGAGAGUGGGAAUUUGAUUAAUAAAGAUCCACAGGUGGUUUUCAAUGAGAAGUUGUAUAAAUAUGCUCAAAUGAAAGAAGGGGAAUUAGAUUCUAUUUCAGGAGGGAAAUGAUGUAGAGAUUGAGUUUUCUUUGGUGGCUAUUGAUGUUGUACAUGUAAGAUGUGACAGUUCCUUGAGAUGGGAAGAGAGUUUUCUUUGGUGUAGUAUUUUUUUGAGAUUUGGCGAAGUCCUGAAGUAGAUGGAGAUCGUAAUCCGUGGUGGGCAUUGAACACCAUAGGAAAGAGGAGAGGCAGCGACCGGUGCUAGCAACUCCGUUGAACGUGGCUAUACGGCUCUCUUUUGUUACGGAAUAUUCGUAGAGCAACAGCUAAUUGGAGACGAGAUCUAAAUCCAUCACCACAGCACCAAUUUUGGAACCAAGUGUAUGUGUUGCCGAAGGUUCUGAUGUGUUUUAACCAUAUAAAAGAUUAAACGUUCUGUUUCCUAUGGAUUGAAUGUAUUCUCAAAAUUGAUCGUCUUUUCCAUACUUUAAAACUAGUCCAUAUAGCUUCGGGGGUAUGCUGUUAUCAGUCAAUUCUUGUAUUUCAGUAACAAGUGAAGAUCUUGCAGACUUGCAUAAAUAUUUUAUUAAUGAUCUUUCUUUUCCCUGAACAA